GCUCCACACUAGUCACUCGCUUUUACUUUACGGAGUUCCAAGUUCUCGUUGCACAUUCUUGCCGGCACAUAAUGCCAAAUUAUGCAACUGCCGACUGCUGGAAAAAGCGAUAAGUGGAGCGAGCAAAUAUUGGUACAUAAACUGUUCCCAGCUGCCCGCGUAACUGUUCUCAGACCGGCUUCACUCCUCUGAAAGGCGCAACAUGUGGGCGUUGUGACGUGCAUUCAAAUGAUGAGAAGCUCAUUGAUAUGCCCUAGAGUGCUUGGAAAAAUCACCGAGUUAGAACCAGUAACCCAGGGAAAUUUGAUGGAUUAAAUCCAGAAAAAAUCACCAGAGAAUGAAUUAAGGGAGUGCAAGUGACUCAAUGACAUGGCAAUGGAGGACCGCAGCCGCAUCUGGAGCACGGGCAACAUCAAUCAUGGCUUCUUCAGCGACAAUCUGCAGCAGCAGCCGCUGCCUCUGCAGAGAUUACAGACACCGGGUAAUCUGAGCCUGUUAUCGGCACCCGUGAGAGCCAAUGGCAGUGCAGGCGGCAACGAGCUUAUCAACGGAGCCGGAAAUGGGUCUCUAGCCGUUGCCUCGACCACGGCGAGUGCCAAUGGCAAGCAGCUUCCUUACCAGCCCAUAGGAACCAACCUGGUGGGCAUUCAGUCCAGGUUCCGCCGCAGUUACUACCACAAGGUGGUGCUGGGCGGUCUGCUGGCCCUGGUAGUUUUUCUGCUGAUAGCAAUCAUAGUCUUAAGCCUAAGUAUUAAGAAAUCCAGCUCGAUUUGCCGUAGCCGGGAGUGCAUCCGCACGGCGGCCAGCCUUAUCUACGCCAUGGACGAGCAGACUGAUCCCUGUGAGGACUUCUACCAAUUCACCUGCGGCCGCUGGGCGGAAGAACAUCCCCGACCGGAUUCGGUGACCUCGAAUGACUGGUUCCGGGAGCGGCAGGCACACAUAAUGCGGCUCGUGCGGGAGUUUCUUCGCUCCAACAUCAGCCGGGCCGAGCCCGAGGCCGUGGGCAAGGCAAAGACCAUGUACAAGGGCUGCAUGGACACGAAACAGCUUGAUGCCAGGGAUCUGGAACCGCUGGUGGGUUACCUGCUGCGCUUCGGACUUCCCAUUCUCCCCUCGUCCCUGAAUCUCACCCUGGGAAGUGGCUCCAAGUAUGCCAGUGCCAGUGCCAACCGCAGCUACAACUGGCUUGAGUCCAUAGUGGCCAUCAAGCAGCACCUCAGCAUGGAUCUCAUCUUUGGCUUCGAUGUCUUUCCGGAUCCCUUCAACAGGACCAUCAACAGGAUUGCCCUGGGAACGCCGGAGACGGACUCGGCGUUUCCUUUCAACAACGAUGACUCCCACAAGCUAUUGAGAAAGAUCCACCGGAAGACCAUCUUCAUGACGAACAGCGACGACGAUGAGGAUGACAAUGAGGAGGAUCGCGAGAGCGAGGAGGAGGAGGCAGCUCGCCAGACCAGCGCCGGAAUGGCGGCCUACCUGCACUACGUGCGCAAGGUCAUCGAAAAGUACUUGCUGUACGUGGAUCCAGGGGUCAACCAGGAGGAGGCCACCCAGGGCAUCACGGAGCUGGUCAAGCAGGGUGUCAAGGUGGCCAAGAAGGUCCAUGAGUUAAAAGAAGACGCUGAGAACAUGACCAAGCCCUCGAAGAACCCGGCCGACGACAUCAUCUACAUCUCCCUGCUUGACCUGCAGAAUCAGACGGACAAGAACAUAGCCCCCAAGACGCUGCCCAUCUGGUUGCGCUACAUGGAGCUAAUUCUAAAGGGCACCAAGCACGCGGGCAAUCCCCAGAUGACCAGCAAUCUGACCAUCAUCACUAGCCAGGCGGACAUCCUGUACUUGCAGCACGUGGUGGAGUAUCUGGAGGAGACGCCGGCCUCCCACAUCGAGUCCUACCUCUGGCUGAGCACUAUCGAGGAGCUGGUGCUGCACACGACCAGUGCCAUGCGGCUGCUCCAUUCGGAGUACAUGCGCGUGGCCAUCGGCACGGAGGGCAGCACUCCCCGCUCCCUGUACUGCGCUAAUGGGGUGAAUAGCUUGUUCGGGAUGGCGGUGAGCUAUGUCCUGGCGGACGAAGAGUUCACCCGGGAGAAACUGCCUCGUGUGCAGCGUAUGCUGAGCGACAUACGGCGCUCCUUCGAUCGCCUGGUCAAGGCCACCUCCUGGAUGGACGAGGCCACGAAGCGGAAGACUAUCCAGAAGUCGGCCGAGAUGAAGAGCUUCAUUGGCUUCCCCUCGUGGCUGCGCAAUGCCAGCGCCUUGAAUGACUACUACGAGGGCGCCGAGGUGAACGCCAGCACGCACCUGGAGAACCUCAUGGACUUUGUCCACUGGCAGAUGAUGGAGAAGCUCAACGAGAUGGACAAGCCGGAGCCCAUUGGCUGGGCGACGUCACCCUCGAAUGUGAAUGCCUUUCACACGUUCCAAUCGAAUGCAAUCACUGUACCCAUUGCCAUUUUGCAGUAUCCCUUUUACGACCUGGGUCUCGAGGCUCUGAACUAUGGCUCAAUUGGCACCAUUCUGGGCCACGAACUGACGCACGGCUUUGAUGACAGCGGCCGGCGGUUCGACCGGGCUGGGAACAUGGUCGAGUGGUGGUCCAACCGCACCAUCGACGAGUACAUUAACCGCACUGAGUGCUUUGUGGAACAGUACAGCCGGUACCACCUGGAGGAUAUCGAUGAAUAUAUCGAUGGCGAACUGACUUUGGGCGAGAAUAUCGCCGACAAUGGCGGCAUGCGGGAGGCCUUCUAUGCCUACCGGCUCUACGUUAAGGAGGUGGGCCGGGAGCGGGCCAAGUUGCCCGGUCUGGAGCACUAUACCCACGAGCAGCUAUUCUUUAUCUCCUUCGGGAAUCUGUGGUGCGAGACCUAUACACCGGCGGCCUCACGGUAUGCCCUCAGCGACUCCCACUGCCCCGGACAGAUGCGUCUGAGAGGCGUGCUGUCCAACUCGGAGGAGUUCGCCAGGACCUUCAAGUGUGCCCGCGGCACGCCCAUGAAUCCCAGCCAGCCCAAGUGCAGGAUUUGGUAGGGAAACCAGGUCCAAGAGGGAAAACAGGAACAGUCAAGUGAUUUUUCUACAUAUUCGUACUUUAGUCUUAGGUUUAAAUCGAUUAUACAGGUGUGCCUUUUGCACG